AAAAAAUCAAAGUCGGUGUGAUUUAAAUCUCAAAACUUAAAAGUGGUAGUUUCAAUCAAUCCUAAUCCUGUACAUACAUAAAUGGACAGAACUCAUCACGUUCACCUACUCUGUAAACUCAAUUUUUAAUCUGUAUAAAUACAUCCCCCAUAGAUCCAAGAGCCAAACUACGAAUUUUAAUACGCAUCACGAUACAUUUUCCCCCGAAUGUUACUUGAAUCUCUGUUUUAUAUUCCAUUCAUGACGGCACCAGAUCUCAUCUUCUUCAGGCUGCUUCUGUGCUAUUGAAUCUUUAAUUGAGAGCUUCAAAUCGAAUGACUGGUGGGUUUUGUUCAUUUCUUUGAUUUGAUUCAACCCCCAAUUCAUAAUUUCAUAUCAUGUGAUUAAAUCUCCAAGAUUUGGAUAGUGUCAGCUUAUUAGGGUUUCAAGAAAGUUGGUAGUUUGAGUGAAAUUAAGUUGCUUUUGUUAAAGGGCAGCUUGCAUUCGUCUAAUCGAACUUGAUUUGUGUUGUUUCAAUGACUUCAAUGUAUGAGAAGCGUGUGUUUUCGUCAAGAUUGCUGUCAUGCUUGAUUGCAAUCUCAAUGUUCUUUUUAAUUCUUUCGUGUUCGCUUCUGUUUCGAGUUGGGGAUAAUUCGUUAGUCCCCAGAUCGAUUUAUAAUCUCAUUGUUGUUGACCGUGGGUCGAUUGAGCCCGAAUCGGAUUCUGGGUCCAACCCAGUUAAGGCUGCUGGUUCUUGUGAUCCGAAUCAAGCUGUGUUGAAAGUCUUUAUGUAUGAUUUACCACCCGAGUUUCACUUCGGGUUAUUGGGUUGGACGGGGAGCGCGAACCAGUUAUGGCCGAAUGUUGGUAAUUUUAGUGAGAUCCCAAGUUACCCGGGUGGGUUGAAUUUGCAACACAGUGUUGAGUAUUGGCUUACGCUUGAUCUUUUAUCAUCGCUUAUUCCAAAUGUUCGUAGAUCUUGCACUGCCGUUCUUGUACAUAAUUCGACUCAAGCAGAUGUUGUUUUCGUCCCGUUUUUCUCGUCUUUGAGUUACAAUAGGCAUUCCAAGAUUGAAGGGACGGAGGGAAAGAGUACUAACGAUAUAUUGCAAGAAAGAUUGGUGGAAUAUUUGAACGGUCAGGAUGAGUGGAAAAGAUUCGGAGGGAAGGAUCAUGUGAUCAUGGCUCACCAUCCAAACAGCAUGUUAAUUGCUAGAUGGAGGUUGGGUUCGGCUAUGUUUGUGCUUGCAGAUUUUGGCAGAUAUUCUGAUGAAAUUGCGAAUAUCGAUAAAGAUGUGAUCGCUCCUUACAGACAUGUUGUCAGGACCGUUGAUGCGAACAAUUCGCCUUCGUUUGAAGAACGACCCACCUUGGUGUACUUCCAAGGAGCGAUUUAUCGAAAAGAUGGUGGUGUAAUUCGUCAAGAAUUAUACUAUUUACUUAAAGACGAAAAAGAUGUGCAUUUCACAUUCGGAAGUGCGGGUGGAGGUGGGAUCCGCAAGGCGUCGACAGGGAUGGCAGCUUCAAAAUUCUGCCUCAACAUUGCAGGAGACACACCUUCUUCAAAUCGUCUUUUCGACGCAAUCGUUAGUCAUUGUGUUCCCGUUAUCAUCAGUGACGAAAUCGAGCUCCCAUACGAAGAUCUUCUCGACUACUCCAAAUUUUCCAUUUUUGUCCCUGCAUCAGACGCAUGCAAAAACGGGUACCUUAUAAAUCUUCUCAGAGGCGUUAAGCGAGAAAAAUGGACCGAAAUGUGGGAGAAUUUGAAGCAAAUUGCACCGCAUUUUGAGUACCAGUAUCCUACGAGGCCCGGUGAUGCUGUCGAUAUGAUUUGGAAGAUGGUUUCAAGAAAGAUUGAUCCUUUACAUUAUAGAGCUCAUAGGAAAAACAGAUACAAUAUGUCGCAACAAUUCUUAAAUUCUCGUUAAGUAGUAUGGUUUUUGUCCCUUUGGGGGAUCGACAUUUUUAGCUUCUGAGAGGGGAUAUAUUAUAUAUAGAUCGCAGUCGAAUGUAACAUAUUUGAAACUAUGUGAAAUCGAGUAAUUUGAAUCUUUUGAAUGAAAGAUACUGCUUUAUACAUA